UGUGUGAUGUGCACUUGCUUGUGUGAAUGUAUGUGCACUUUAUCUUUUCUGAUGAAUUCUUAAUGUGUAACAGUCUUUUCAUCUGUUCAUUGUGCCUGUUUGCAACUAACUGUGUCAUCUGUACAGUGUUGAGCUCAGAACUGAGAAGUAGUGUGCAUUGCACAACUGAACAAAGAAAGAAACACAAGGUGCUCUAUUCGUUGGCUAAUUACUAUGCUGAUAUGAUAAAGGAAGCAAGAUGGAGCAAACAGGGCCAAUAUAAUGUAAGGUGGCUGACUUAUUUUACCAAAGUUCAAAGAUUACAGGCAAUUUGUCAGUUAAGUGUUCUUCAAUCAUUAUCAUUAAUGUGUGCAGAAGACGCCAACAUUUCAGCUGCUAGUCAUAGGAGACAAAUGGCACUGUGAGAAGGAGACAGACAGGCAAUGUCUUAUGAAUGUGGAAAAAAAUUACAGACUAAUAAGAUAAAGUAGCUAACUGAAGAGAGUAGAAUAGUAAUACUUUAAAAAAUCAUAUUUUAAGUUUACAAGAUUUUAUUCUUUACUGUCAGAGGUAAUAAUGACUAAAACAACUCUUGUGAUAAGCUCUGUACCUGACUAUUAUACUGGAGGUGAACUAAUCUACCCCAAGAAAGUACAGUGACACUGUAAUUUGUAAAGCAAUUUUCUGUGAUUACAAUG